CAAGCACGUGUAAGUGAAUUAUUAGUAUAAAAGUGAGAAAUUAGUGACUUGUGUGGGUAAUUAAAGCUAUGUAAAUUGUCUGUCCAACAGAACUACCAUUUGAGCUUGUUGCCGUUAUCAAAAAGUGGAGAUUUUAAAGGUUAGCUAAUGAUGCAGCUGUUUGUUCGUGCAACGCAGACCCACACCCUUGACGUAACAGGCGCCGAGACUGUUCAGCAUGUCAAGGCAUACGUGAGUGAAAAGGAAGGUUUUGACAGUGAUGACAUCCUUGUUCUCUCUGGUGGGCACCCUCUGGAGAAUGAUGUUCUGCUUUCUACCCUGGAGAACCUGUCUACAUUAGACAUUGAAAUCCCUUUGCUUGGAGGUAAAGUCCACGGGUCCCUCGCUCGUGCAGGGAAGGUUCGAGGACAGACGCCAAAGGUGGAAAAACAAGAGAAGAAGAAGGCAAAGACUGGCCGUGCUAAACGCCGAAUGCAGUACAACAGGCGAUUCGUGAAUGUUGUCGCCACAUUUGGCAGGCGCAGAGGACCAAAUGCCAGAACAUAAAAAAGUUAUGAACAUUUUGUUGUGGAAAUAAAGUACAGAACAUUAAA